AUGUCCUCGCAACUACAACGCUCCUACAGCAUACCAAUGCGCCCUAUCAGCGACAAAGAAAUGGAGUUCAUCAACUUAGAUCAACUCUUCGAGGAAUAUGUUGACAUAGACUCGCUCCAACACUUUAGCAAUUCGACCCCCGACCGGUUGAACAACGACGAAGUAGCUCAUCUCUUCAGUGUUCCGUCGUCGAAUGGGAGUGGCUCUUUCUCGACUUCGCUUAGACUCAAUCAGCACGUGGAAGCUGCUUGGCAACAGGCUCUCCAGAGAUGCGAGCAAAACUCAGCCUUGUACCCCAACUCCUCUAACCUCUACUUCAACAAGAGAGGAAAAGAAUCAUCAAGCGAGUUCGAAUCGAUCGGGAUCGAAGACCGUUUCGAACCAGAAAGAAAUCAAUCGCGAUCCAUUUCUCUACCACCAAUACCACGACCCCAUACUUCUAGAUCCAUCAAGAAGGCUACCUCAUUUAUCGACCGGCCAGCUUCCCGCGGCACCCAAAAGGUAUCGAAGAUGUCUUCCAAUCCUACAUUUCCAAACAUGAUGCAACCAUCGUACUGCCAAUCUUCUAUGCCAGAAGUUCGAGCCCGCAAGAUUGAAACCCCAACGGACUCCUUCAGCCUAUACACGUCACCAGAUAAUACCUGCUCCAACCCCUCAAUCACCAGAUCAGAGCCUCUCAACAGAUUCUCCAUACAAAAUUCCCAGCCCUACAUCACUACACGAUCAUCAGGCCUGGACUACAAGGCCACUGUACCCGAGGCGAGCUUUUCCAACUCCCACUUAACACCCGAGACAUCACCAGCGAUGAUUCCAGUUGGUUUCACAGACAAUAGCAAUUCAUACGUGUCCAACAUGAACUUGUCAUUCAACUCAUCUACGUCCAACGCAGCUCAUUCAGCCUUGCAGACCCCGCCCUCUUUCUUCCAGGUACCUGUGCCAACUUGGGCCUCGAACACGCCACCAGAGCUUGAGUAUUUGUACCCAGCCUCGCCAGAACAGUCUUCUACCAAACUGAGUGAAUGGUGGGAGGAUGACACUAUUCAGUCUGCAAAUAAAAACGCUAGCUUUAGCCACACAUCGAUGACAGGGCUGGGUAUAACUUGUGGUUCCGCGAGUUUCAGUGAUCUUAGCACAGAAGUGAUUGUUGGCGAGGAAGCUACAGCAUCCAGCUUCGAUAUGGGAUACACUACUAUGUACCCGACGCCUCCUCUUCAACUUCACAACCAAGAUCAACACGGCAUCCCCACCAGCCACCGCUCCUCACGCUCAUGUUCUCCCCGUCGACGCCGUACAUCCUCUCGUUCCCACCGCGCCCACCGGAGUCAAUCUUCCUCUUGUCAGUCACCAGGCAACGGGGGCUUCGUGAACUUCACACCCGACGACAGCCGCAAGAUCUUGACUGGAGUUGCGCCCAGUGGGUCGAGCAAGACGAAAGCCAGGCGUGAGAAGGAGGCCGUGGAGAAGAGAAAGAAGUUGAGUCAGGUGGCUAUGAAGGCUAUUAUGGAGGCGGGUGGGGAUGUGAACAGUUUGAGGACCUUGGAACGGGAAGCGUUGUUUGGACUCGAGAGUUGA